AUGUACUAUUGCUUACUUGGGGCCCCAUCCACCCCGUCGCGGACGUCAUUGGCCUGCCAAGACCAGCCUAUGCGCUUCCGAGCUUCCUUGAGGCGCCCUCACACUUUUUCUUCGCCUCCAUGCUGCGCUACACGCCUUGUACACGACACACCAGCUGGGCCGCCAUCUCGCGUCGCCUGCAGUGGCGCGGCAUUCUGCACCGUCGACAUGCAUCAACAAGCGCCGACGAUGCACAAUGGUUCCCGCAGCUGCGCGACCAGAUGCUGCAGCGGGGCGCCAUCCAUCUUCCCGAUCACUUGACCACCCCGCCUGAAUACAGGCUCGCGCAGACGCUGAUGGGUUUCCUGCCGUUGGAAUGCUGUUCUCUACCCGCAAGCCAUAAGCCCAUACUUCCUGUCGGCCACCAUCUGAUAUGGUUCAAUCCAGCGGUACCCACUGACCACCUGCUUCCGGACGGCACAGACGCAUCACACAGUCCGGGCGGCCCUUGGGUGCGCCGCAUGUGGGCUGGAGGCUCAUUGAAGCUGAAUUCGGAUGAUUAUUUUAACAAAAGGAACGGCUUCGCUAGAGACACCCCCAUGACAGGUGUCGAGCGCAUCAAGCAUGUCCAACUGCGCGGCCAGGGAGACGCCGCCAAAAUCUUCGUCACCAUUGAGCGACGUUUUGCGAGGCUCGAUACCCUGAAGCAACGCUACAGCGCCCUUUAUGACCGAUUGGGCAAGGACAGUGGCUUGCCCAAAAUCCAAGCCUUCUUUGAGAACCAACUGCUCAGUGACGACGACUGGGGCGAUGCCCUUCUCAAAGAAGAGCGUAACUUGGUCUUUCUCAAGGAACGUAGCACUGAAGAACUCGGCGCCAUCAAGGCGGGCCAGGUGACGCCUAUAAAGUAUCUAGAUCCUCCUGGUAAACCUAUCUACUCCUAUACCAUGAUUCCUGACCGCAACCUCCUAUUCCGCUUCUCUGCCCUUACCUUCAACGCCCAUCUUAUCCACCUCGAUCCCGACUUUGCCCGCAAUGUUGAAGGCCAUCGAAAUCUCCUGGUCCAUGGGCCGCUCUCCUUGAUACUCAUGUUGCAAGCAUUCAACCGCCACCUGAAGACGCAUACUCAGGGAGAGCAAGUCGUCGAGUCGAUGGAGUAUCGCAAUCUUGCCCCACUCUACUGCGACGAGGAGAUGCGCAUCUGUGGCCUAGAAAGGAAGACGCUGGAAAAUGGAAGCAUCUACGACGUAUGGAUUGAGGGUCCAACGGGCGGUGCCGCUGUCAAAGGCACCAUAUAUACCACGGUGCGGAAGCGGACACUCCCUGAUCCGGCCACGCUCCCAAGAUUGGAAGAGAAAAAUCCACGAGCUUUUAAUCGCAAGAAAAACAAGGCCCUGGGUACUGGUAUUCAAGUACGCUAUACUUCACAGAAGCUAGGUUCGGUUUCACCAACAUCACAGUCUACCGGAAUGCAUCAAGCAACUGAGCCAGAAACGACCUCACGUCUUGGGGAAGCAUCGGUAUCCGAACCUUCAGCCAAACACGAAGACGAGACAUCCACCAACUCGGAGUUCGGUAAGACAACUUCUCAGUCAUAUCCUAGAGAAGUAGAUACCACUUCUCCGCUUGCCUCUGGCCAAAGAAACCGCCGUGAUAGGCCCUCCACACGUCUCAGAUCCUACCAGUUCAUCACUCCCGCAAAUACUACACCGCCCAUUCACCACGUGGAAUCUUACCAGCCCGGAAAACCUGUCUUAUCAAGCCAGUCCAAAUACCUGCUGCGCCGUCUCGUACGAGAAGACCCUCCUGAUAUCAUCAAGGAGCCACUGCCACUUGUCCGCACAUAUGCUGCCUCGCCAUAUGUAUCCGACCCCGAUGAGACGGCGUCACGACAUAGCCGGUUUUUGAGGGAGGGCGUGAGGGAGAUUGAAGAGCCGAGUAUUAGGUAUACGGGAAACAGUCUGGCGCUUGCUCGUCGUAAGGAGACAUCCGAGUCGGGUGAUCAGGAUGAUUCGCCACAAUUUACGAUUUCCUAUUUUAUCGUGAAGGAGAAGGAGUAAUUAUAGAUUAACAAACUCAGAUAUGCUCCUAUUACCUACUAGUCAUAUAAAU